ACGAAAUUUCUGAGUUUCUGAGUCACAAGCUGCCUACCAACUUUGAUUAAACGAUAGACCCGACGUCAACAUGCUUUUAUCAUUACGUAAAUAAAAUCGAUCGCUUAUUAAUUCAGAAACAGCUUAGAACCGACAUGAAGCUGCGAACAUGAACGACGUAUUGGAAGAAGCCAAGAAGAAACGGCGCGGUCUUUUACCAUGACAUCAGAUACAUCGCAUUACAAUCAGGCUGAUACAAACCUGUACCAUGCCAUCCACUCGGACCUGGUGGGUGAGCUACUGCACCCGCCGAGAGGGCCCCCGACCCCCGACUCGGUGCGCAAGUUCCGCAGGGCCCACUACGCCGACCCCGGAGCCAAGACCUACCACUGGGGAGUGGCCGACGACCCCAACGACAAGCCCAACCAAGUUCACGGCACAAAGUUCGGCACCAAGUCUCUGGCCGGUGACGUGGUGAACCCUCCGGUGGUGGCCCGUCCCCACCGGCUGCUGGCGGCCGCGCGCCGUCUCACCUACGACUCGACACUGCGCCGGCCGGUGGGCUGCGCGCCGCUCCGCCAGCCGGCCGUGCCGCCCCACCUGGCCUGCGCCGGCGCCGCCACCUUCGGCCUGCCCACCAAGUAUGGCGACACGGUGGCCCAGUGUGUCAGUCCCUACCGAACGGCCCAGGAGUUCCAGGCCAACUGGUGUAAGGGCACCGACCUGUACCGGCGCUCCCACCGGCACACCAACCCCGGCGAACAGACGCACCGCAGUUACGGCCAGGGGUUCAACACCAAGGCCAAGUUCGGCGUACCCACCUACAACGAGGAGAACCACACGGGUCGCCGAGUGAAGGAGUGUGUCACCUGGCCGGGUCCGUCCAAACCGCUGAGCGCCGUCUGCAGCUGGCGGGCCGAGAGCUGGCGCGAGCUCCACCAGGACCGCGUCGGACAGCCGCUCGACAGGUACCAGUGCACACGUGACCUGCCGGCGACGUUCACCUACGGCGCGCCGAUGCGUCACGUGCUCUCGGGGGCGCUGGACAUCGCCACGGCUCGGACGAGCUGCAGUCUGCCCGCCGAGGACCUGGCGCGGCUCGACCUGAUCCUGGUCACGCGCCGCAAGUUGCAGGCCGCCGGCUUCACCGGCUUCAUCGCACUGCUGCAGACCAUGAAGAAAAUGGACAAGCUGGGCACCAAGCGUCUGCCGCUGGAGGCGGUGCUGGCCGCCUGCUGUCAGCAGUGCCUGCCGCUGGCCACUGCCGAGCUGCGCGCGCUGGUCGAGCGGCUAAACCUGGCCGAGGGACCGCGCCGGCUGGUCAUCUACUCACUGUUGGUGGCCACACUCAACUGGAAGGACCGGCUCACGCUCGGACACCUCGACCGUGAGUGGCCAGUGAGGGGACGGGGAGGGAGAGGAGCUCAGGCAGGAACUGGCUCGGUGAACGGCCCUGUGCACCCUCUCUGUGACCGGCCGGCGGCCCCACCUCCGGCAGUGUUGCGGAAGGAGCCGCGGCCGGUGGCCGAGUGUCGCACCAGCACCAGCUGCCAGCUGCCGCCGCCGCCCCCCGACUGGACCGUGGAGCGGAGGCGCAGCUCCGGACCCGGCGAGCCGCCGGAGAACGCCGCCGGCCCGAGACGCGACAGGGUCGUCGACGUGGUCACCCCGUCACCGUUCAUCGAGGCCGGCCUGCGCGAGACGGAGCUCACCAUGCCGCGCAGCGAGGCGUUCCUGAUGGAGCUGCUGUGCGGCAUGGGCGUCUGCGACUACCGCCAGUUCCAGGCGCUCUACGCCGCCGCGCGCCGGGCCCACCCGCCCGACCCCAGCGUACUGGACGUCCUGGACGAGGCCAACCGCAGCUGCUGCCCCGCGCCGGCCGGGCCGGCCCAGCAGCGGCCUGCCAAGCCGGCCCAGCAGCGGCCUGCCAAGCCGGCCCAGCAGCGGCCCGCCGAGCCGGCGCCUGACGGACGUCUGUGCGCCGCCGGCCUGGAGGAGGUCAGGGCAGUGGCCGAGAGCAGGCCCUGCCGCGGCACCGACCAGCUGGCCACUGUGCCGCCAUCUCUGGACGGCGAGAGGAAGCUGCGGUUCGCCGAGUCGGCGCUGGAGACAGACGGCAAACGGCUGCCGCGGACCGACCCCGGCUGCGGCGCCGACUUCCUAAGGCCGACGCCCCCGGACGACCGCCUGCCGUGUCCCACCCCACCGGCCGCCAACGGCGGCGACCAGCAGUGUGACCUUCAGACGCAGCCGGCGCAGAGUCAGCCGUGCGCCCACCGGCCCCCGAGCCAGCAGCCGCAGAGCCAGCCGUGCGGCCAGCAUACCGCGCCCAUCCAGCAGCAGCCGCAGAGCCAGCCGUGUGGCCACCAUGCCGCGCCCAUCCAGCAGCAGCCGCAGAGCCAGCCGUGCGGCCAGCAUACCGCGCCCAGCCAGCAGCAGCCGCAGAGCCAGCCGUGCGGCCACCGGCUCGCGAGCCGCCAGUAACCAGCCGAGCUUGUACUCCUGAUGGGAUAUAUUUACAAUGGAAGGCCACAGUCAGGUCACCGAG